AUGGCCAAUCCCCGCGUUGAAGAGCUUCCCGAUGACGAGACCAAGAAGGUCUCCGUCGAGGAGCACGAGGACGAGAGCUCCGACUCCGAGAUUGAGGGCGAGGAUGCCGAGGGCCUUCCCUCCGGCUCCACCGCCGUCAUCCACUCCCGCAACGAGAAGAAGGCCCGCAAGGCUCUCGAGAAGCUGCACUUGACCAGAGUGCAGGGCAUCACCCGCGUCACUCUCCGCCGCCCCAAGAACAUCCUCUUCGUCAUCAACAGCCCCGAGGUCUACAAGUCCCCCAACAGCAACACUUACAUCGUCUUCGGUGAGGCCAAGAUUGAGGACCUCAACGCUACUGCUCAGCAGGCCGCCGCCCAGCAGCUUGCCGCUGCUGGUGGUGAGCACGACCACGCCGGCCACGACCACUCCAGCCACGGCAAGGCCGUCGAGGCUGACGCCGAGGCUAAGAAGGACGAGGAGGAGGACGAUGGUGAGGAGGUUGAUGCCGAGGGCAUCGAGGACAAGGACAUUGAGCUCGUCAUGACCCAGGCCAACGUUAGCCGGAAGAAGGCCAUCAAGGCCCUGAAGGAGAACGACAACGAUAUCGUCAACUCUAUUAUGGCAUUGAGUAUUUAG